AUGGAGUAUCCUCUCCUAUCCAUUUUCGCUUUACUCAAUCUUGCGGUGGUGGCAACCCAUGCUGCCUCGCCUCCUGAAUUUUACUGGAAGUCCGUGCUCCCUACCACGCCCAUGCCAAAAGCUAUCACUGAUAUCCUUCACCUGGAUUUGGUGGAAGACAAAAGCACCAAUGUAGGUGUGGGGAAAGGAAGCAUAAAUGUGCAUGCAGGAAAAGAAAGUGGUACCAAUGUCAAUGUUGGUGGAAAAGAUGGAGGAGUUCCAGUGAGUGCUAGCCCAAACCAAUUUCGUUACAAUUAUGGUGCGACCGAGACCGAAUUACAUGAUGCCCUGAAUGAUGGAAAAGGAAAUGUAAAUGUGCAUGCAGGAAAAGGAAGAAAAGGAAGUGGUACCAAUGUCAACGUUGGUGGAAAAGGAAGCGUAAAUGUGCAUGCAGGAAAAGGAAGUGGAAGUGGUACCAAUGUCAACGUUGGUGGAAAAGGUGGAGGAGUUCCGAUGAGUGCAAGCCCAAACCAAUUUCGCUACAAAUAUGUUGCGACCGAGACCGAAUUACAUGAUGACCUGAAUAUGGCAGUCUUCUUCUUGGAAAAAGACUUGCAUCCUGGAACAAAAUUGAACUUCCACUUCACUAGGAGCUCCAAUGCUGCCACAUUCUUGCCUCGCGAAGUUGCGGAUUCGAUACCCUUUUCAUCAAACAAGGUGGAUGAUAUACUUAACAAGUUUUCUUUUAAACCUGAGUCUAAAGAGGCUGGAAUCGUGAAGAUUACCAUCAAUGAGUGUGAAGAAAAGGGGAUUAGAGGAGAGGAAAAGUAUUGCGCAACUUCACUAGAAUCUAUGGUUGAUUUUAGCACUUCAAAGCUUGGAAAAAAUGUUGAGGCAGUGUCUACAGAAGUAGUAGAUAAUGAAACAAAGUUGCAAAAAUACACCAUGACACAAGGAGUAAAGAAGUUACCAGGGGACAAAGUUGUUGUGUGUCAUAAGCAAAAUUAUCCAUAUGCUGUGUUUUACUGUCACAAAACAGAAACCGCUAGAGCUUACUUUGUUCCUUUGGAGGGUGUUAAUGGAAUCAGAGUUAAAGCAAUAGCAGUAUGCCACACAGACACAUCAGAAUGGAACCCCAAGCAUUUGGCCUUUCAAGUGCUCAAAAUUAAGCCAGGAAACAUUCCAGUGUGCCACUUCCUUCCUGAGGAUCACGUUGUUUGGGUUCCCAAGUAGAUUUUGAGUGAAAAAUUCACUAGUCUUGUCCAUAAAUAAACCAGUUUCUGUAGCAUUAGCUACUAAUCUCGAUAUAAAUAUUUGCAGUGUGUAAUUCUAAGUACUACUGUUUG